GGCCACGAUAGCGACACAGGUAGGACUUGUCAUGCUGCUAAGGCAUAUACGAACGAGGUUACCUGCCUAACUGGGUUUGUUGACCGUCAACAUCGGGCCAGGUAAAAACAGCUCACCGUGGAAUCCAUGCCAGACUGGCCAUACAAUGCCUGUCUUUUAAUCACCGCUUUCCCUCCGGCCGAUGUCACCAUAGGCCCAGGGUGCACAUAUAUAUUCGCCUCCACCACCCGGACGCUCUCGGGGCUUGUGUUGAGAAUGUCUCCAGAUCAACGCUCUCAAGACCCGGGCAUCCGCACUUGAGUCUUUCGGGGUAGCCGACUUUUAUCGUCCGCGAAAUUCAUCAGUUCCUAGUUGCGGAGAAACUGCCGAAAUAACUUGCGAAGCAUGAGGUGCUACAUCGUACUAAGAGCUCUCCUACUCGAGCUACUGGUCCAGUAUGUCUCGGCUGCAGCCGUGGCGGCGACGGAGAACAUAAGGGCCAUAUACCUAUUCAAGGAUGUCUUGAGGUCGGACACGGUAUCCCUGAAGACGUCCGGAUUUAAUACCGUGCUCAUCUUCGGCGUCGGGAUCCUGGACAACGGCGACAUCAUGUACUACUCGAACACGCCGGGGAGCAGCGACGUGCUAGUAGCAUCCAACGGGACGUAUGUCGGCGGCGACGCGCUCGCCGAGAAGGUCCGCUCGUUCAAGACGGGCGACACGAGCAUCAACCGGGUGGAGAUCACGACGAACGCGCACCACGUGCGCGAGCUGGUCGCGAACCCGGGCACGGGGCCGGAGACGCGGCUGUUCCGCAACUUCGCGGCGCUCAAGACGGCGUGGGAUCUCGACGCGGUCAACAACGACGACGAGGCCAUCUACGACGUGGCGAGCACGGUGGCCUUGGCGAAGCUGCUGGGCCAAGUGGGGUACAAGUACACGACGGUGCCGUACAUCAACUCGGGCUUCUGGGCCACGAUCACGGCGCAGAUCAACAGCGGCCUCCAGGAGCCGGACCUCCUGCUCGACCGGGUAUACCUGCAGUGCUACGACGGCGGCGCGAGCAACAACCCGAUCAGCUGGCAGAACACGCUCGGCAUCAAGGUGGUGCCGCUGAUCUGGGUCAUCAACGACUCGAAGCCGUCGCAGGGGAACACGGCCCAGCAGGCGCGCAACCGGUUCGCCAAUUGGAACUCGCAGGGUCCCGUGGCUGGCGGAGGGUACUGGAACGACUACGAUAUCGAGAAGAUGGGCCUGUCGUACACCGAGUACGCCGACGUUCUCACGAGCAUCUUCCCUUGAGAGCAACCGCACGGGUAGCGUAGAUGGAGCGGCGAGGGGGGGGGAACUCGCAGGGUAGAAGCGCCGCGGCGUUGAGAAGCUCAGAAAUCAGUCAAGAUAUGGUGUGCCUAGCUAGAAUCUUCAUCGCCGAGGGCCAGAAACGAAAGGGGAAUACAUCUAUCUACUUACCUAACCCACGGGGCCGGACCGAAUAAAGGGGUCGAACAUUCUCUCCUA